AUGGCAGCCAAGGACGGAGAGCGGAGCGCCUCCUCGGCGACUCGGUUCACAGCGACGACGCCUCAUGCAUCCUCGAAAGUCCGAGCACCAGCUCCACCAGGAGCAGUAGGACCCAGGAAACCAGUCACAGCUGCGAGAGCGUCAACACCAAACUCAGAGACCCCCGAGCAGCGAGUGGCACGAUUACGGGCGGCGCACGAGAGAGCAAAGACUGCCAAGAUAUCCCGGUUCGACCAGCUGAUCGCGAAGUCGAGGCCCUUCUUCGACUCGGCGCACAGGAUCACGGUGAUGAGCCUGGUGGGGCUGACGGCCGUCGCCGGUCUCCUCACAGCAUACACAGCAUACGACAUGCUCCGGUACAACCGCAAGCGCAAGGCCGAGUUCAUCGAAGCCCAACGGAGGAUGUCGGCCGACAGUCUGGAGGCGGCACGCCUGGCAUACAUGAGGGGCGACGCAACGGACGAGCAGGUCUCGCUGGUGGAGGAGGCCAACGCUCGCGCGGGAGGCGCGGGAGGAGAGUUCAAGCUGCCUAGCAUAUUGAGCGCGCCGAAGCCGAUCCAGAGAGACGAGGAAUCGCUGGCACAAAGCCAGCAAGCGUCAGGGGCGACGGAGGCAGCAUCGAGCGAGAGCAAGUCGUCCGGGCUGUUUGGGUGGUUCUCUUCAAAGAAGGCAACUCAGGACACGACAGGCAGCAGUGGUGCGCCGCGCACGCUCGAGGACAAGCAGGAUAUGCUCAGGAAGGCGCGCGAGGCGUUCGAGAAGGAGAAGGAGACGCAGCGGAGUGGAGGACCGCUGGACCGCCUCGGCAUCGAAGAGUCAUCAGCACAACAAACACAAACGAAAGGGGCGGAGCAGCCUCAAAAAAAGGGAUGGUGGUAA